UCUCUUGUAGGUUUAAACUUAGGAAUUGCUCAGAGCUAAAGAGUUUCUCAGAAAUCUUAGAAGAAACAAAAAAUUUACAGUAUCUUUCUCUAGCUAGAGCAACAAAAGUUAAGGAGCUGCCAUCUUCAAUUGAAUAUUUAAUUGGGCUUCUGUGAGUUGACAUUGGUGGAUCACAAAAACCUUGAGACCAUUGCAAGUAGUAUUUGCAGCUUGACAUCAUUAUACUCAACAUAUCUUUCUGGUUGCUCAAAACUCGAUAGAUUGCUAGAUAACUUGGGAAUUUAAAUGUUUGAGGACCUUUAAUGCAAGAAGAACUGCUUUUAGGGAAUUACCAUCCUCUAUUGCUGGUUGUAAAGAUCUUCGAGUUCUGGAUUGUUCUGUGCGUAGAAAUUUGGUUUUUCCUUCAUUUUCAGUUUUAGGUUCCUUAACACAAUUAAAUGUCUUAUUGCAAUCUAACUGAAAUUCCUGAAGAUCUUUGUUGUAUGCCCUCUUUGGAAAUAUUAAAUCUACAGGGAAACAAUUUUAAGAGUUUACCUAGAAGUAUUAAACAACUUUCUCAGCUAAAGAAUCUUUUGAUAAGCAGGUGUGGAAUGAUUCAAUCAUUGCUAGAGCUUCCUCUAUGUGUACUACUUUUAGAUGCAAGGAAUUGCAAGAAGCUCCAAUCAUUGCCAGAGCUUCCAUCACACCUAGAAGAAUUAAAUACAGAUGAACUGGAGCUAGUAUUUGAGUGCUGUUGCCAAUUCGCGUAUACCAGAUUCGAGUUCAUCUUUACAAACUGCCUGCAAAUGAAUCAAAAAGCAUGCAACAAUAUUUUGGUAUAUGAAAAAACACGUUCAACUAGUUUGUGUCUACUUGGGAGUAAAAUUCCUGAUCGGUUUAGCUAUCAAAGUUCAGGAUCUUCAAUAGCUAUUGUGCUACCUCAGCAUUGGUGCAAUAAAAAGUUCAUUGGAUUUGCUCUGUGUGUUGUUGUUGCAUUUGAGGGGAGUUAUUGUGGUCGUGGUCUCUAUGUUGGUUCUUCUUAAUCACCAGUUUCAAACCAAUGAUAAUCAUUGGGAUCACUUUAUAUUUGGAUUGAACCUUUCUAUUACUGGUAGGUGGCCUAUCGCAUUUAUUGAUCUUGAACACAUUGUACUGGGUAUAUGAUAGGUACCUGGUAUACUCAGCCAGCUCUCCGGUGCAGAUCGUUGGCCAGAACCUCCCUCACGAAGAAGUAUUCCCAACUCACCCAGCAGUGGCUUCCUCCAGAAGCAACCAGUUCCAACAGGCAGGAGUUUCUCAAGGCAAAGCCACAAUCAAUUUGUAUUAAUUCAAUUAGUAAUGACACUAAGAACAAUGGCAAUUCCGCAAUAACACCCUGAUUUGUAUUAAUUCAGAAUGCUUAAUAAAUAAACUGUUCUUCUACAGUGCUUAGUUCCCUUACAUUAAUUUCAUAGACAUACAAUCAAAAUGCAACACACAAGUACACACCCAAAAUCAAUCUCACG